AUGGUUUACGUGCGGUAUCCAGGUUUAACAGAUAUACAGGAGGACAUUUUAUUUUGCAAACCAAUGUCAACAACAACUAGAGGUGAAGAUAUUUUUCUUAUGGUCGAUUCGUUUUUUAAAGAAGAAGGAUUAAAUUGGAAUCAGUGUUUCAGUAUUUGCACCGACGGUGCAGCUGCCAUGACAGCAUCUCAAAAGGGAUUUUCGACAAGAGCAAAACAAAUGAAUCCACAAAUUAUAUCGAUUCAUUGGUUGUUACAUAGACAAAAUCUUGCUUCAAAAAAAUUAUCACCCGAAUUAUGUAUCGUUUUGGAUGAAAUUGUUGCGGUAGUCAAUUUUAUCAAAUUAAGAGCUCUUAACUGUAGUAUUUUCCGCGAACUACAGGUAUGUUUCGAAUUUGGUACAGAAUACGAACAUUUAUUAUAUAUUCUGAAGUUGUUCAAAGAGUAUUGA